AUGGCGGAGGGCCUGGAGCCCGGAUUUUACCUGAAGUGGAAACACUGUGAAACGCGAGGCAUUAAGACCCUAUGCAACCUCACCAAACUUCUCAAUAGGCUUCAAAAAGACCACAGAGAUGACAUCUACCUUUACAUCUCUGGGCACCUGAACCCCAAUAAGCUCUACAGGCCUCCUGAGACCAUCUUAAACCAUUGGCCCAAUGCCAAGUGGCCGAGAGAGGAAAAAGCCCCCAGAGAGAAAAGGCAGCUGGCCCAGAAGGUCGCCCACAUGAAGGAUGCGUGGGCUCAUUUCACCAUCAACACUGCUCUGGUUCCAGACGACGCUGCAAACACCCGACUCUUCAGGUUCCUGAACCCCAAGCCUCCUGCUGCUCCUCUGGGCAUGGCCCGAGGCGAAGCUUUGCAAGAAGAGACAGAGGUGCACACAGUGCUCUCUCAGCAGCUCACGAGAGAGGAGCUGAGACUGGCCGAGCUGAGAAUCCUCAAGUACCGGCCCUCAGAGUCCAGCCGCCAGUGUGCACUGUCUCCCCCAGGCAGGGAGGAGUACCAGUUGGUUGACUCCUAUUUGGGGGGGAUAACAAAAGCCGACAGAUAUAGGAAGUUCCUGUGCUUCCAAAAGGACAUCCUUGCAAAGCAAGAUCUUCUGAAGAACGACUUCUUGGGGCACAAGGCAGUGGAGCACCAUCAGCAGAAGUUGGAGCAGGAGCUCCAGAAAAGAAACACGUACGACACUCCGCAGUUCAGCCGGCUGCAGAUCUUUGCAAAAACCUUUGAAGAUAUCUGUAACAGUUCCUUGAUCUUUGGUGACCUCUUGAAAGAAAUUAAGAACGAAUACGAAGUUUACAUGGCCACCCUCCUGGACUCCCAGCCAGUGGCCCCGUACGAGACUUUGCUGGCUCACAUCGAGGGACUAGAGAGCAGACCUGUGAAGACGGCCGAUGUGGACCAGGCCAGGGAGGACUUGAAAGUGGCCGUGAGGGCCACCAAAGCCGCCCUGGAGCACAAUGAAAAACUCAGAAGUGAAUUAGAGACAGAGCGUUUGUUGCUGCAAUCUGCCAAGGAAAACUCAGAAUCGGCCGGGAAAAAUGCAGAUAAAGAGGAGGACCUGACUCUUACUGAGAGGAUUGAGAAGAAGAGGUGUGAAAUACUCAAAAGGUGGGAUGAAAUCCAAGCUCUGGAAAAAGAAAUCAAGGGCACGUUGGUCCACUCGAGAAUUUCUGAGCUUACUGAGAGCAGCCUGAGAAGCACAGAGAGCGAGAUUUCAAAACUGGAGACAUCAAAUAGGAUUUUAAAGAAUAAAAUAACUGCUGUUGAAGUCCAAGUGAAGGAGACCAUGGAGAAGAGUAAGUUGAAUGAGAAGACACAGCGGGACCUUUGGGAGUUUAUUCACACAUUUGUAAAAUUAGAAGAAACACAGAAUAACUCUCAAGAAACUGAAGAAACAACCCCAGAAAUUUCCAGCCCCCCGAGUACAUAGCAUGGAUGAUCGCAGAUGUGUACAUGA